CCUGCUCGUCGCUCGGCACUCACUCCCCUCGCCGCAGUGCUCCCUACCGCGACCUUCAUGACAAGCCAGGAUGCGCACAGCCGACCACGGUCCUCAGCCGACGCCAAGAGCGAGAGAAUGUCCACCACCGACGAGAAGAGGACGAGCGUCGCGACGACCCUUCCCCCACACCCACCACGCUCGCUUGCGAAGGAUGUUGUUCUCAUCUGCACAGUCACGCUCGCUAUGAUCCUCAAUACGGCGAAUAACACCGCAGUCGCUAUCUCUCUUCCGACCAUCGGCCGAGAGCUGAACAUCGUCGAGUCUAAGCUGCAAUGGAUCAUCUCCGCGUAUUCGCUCAGCUCGGGAUGUCUGCUCCUGUUCCUCGGCCGAAUCGCAGAUCUAUUCGGCCGCAAGAACACAUUCAUCUUCGGCUGUGGGUUCAUGGGUAUCCUUGGCCUAGGCUGUGGGUUCGCACAAGAUGAGAACACUCUGGAUGUCCUCCGAGGCGUGCAAGGUAUCGGUGCUGCCGCCUCUAUUCCUGCUGGGCUCGGUAUUCUCGCGAACACCUUCCCUCCGUCCCGGAUCCGUUCUAUCGCAUUUGCCACCUUCGCCGCAGGCGCGCCUGUAGGCGCAGCCAUUGGUUCUGCGAUCGGAGGCGUCCUCGUGCAGCUCACCGCGCAAACUUGGAGGUCUACGUUCUGGUUCCUCACAGGUCUCAGCGCCGUGUGCUGCCUCGGUGGGCUACUAUCCAUUGACAACGAUGUCCCUCAUGACCUGCCCGACCGGCGCGUAGACUGGCUCGGAGCUUUCCUCGUGACCGCCGGUCUGACGCUAAUCAUCUUCGUUUUGAGCGACGGCAGUAUCGCGCCCAACGGAUGGAAGACCGGCUACAUCAUCGCAUUAAUCAUCGUCGGCGUCGUCCUGCUCGUGCUCUUCGUUUUCUGGGAGCACUUCCUCGAGAAGCUGCACGCGCAGCACGACGCGGCGCGCGAGCGGUGGUGGACGCCCCCGCCGCUCAUGAGCGUCACCAUCUGGACGCGCGCGCAGGGCAAGCUUGCCGUCGUGCUCAUGAUCGCCUUCCUGGAGUGGUGCAGCUUCAACUCCUUCACGUUCUGGAUCCAGCUAUACUACCAGGACUACUCCGGCUUCAGCCCAAUCCUGACCAUGGUGCGCCUGCUGCCGAUGUGCAUCACCGGCGUCCUCUGCAACGUCGUCGUCGCCGUCAUCGUCGGGCACGUCCCGCUCGUCUGGAUGAUCGCGACCGGCACGCUCUUCACCGGCCUCGCGAACCUGCUCUUCGCCGUCGUCGACCCCGCCGCGCCGUACUGGGCGUUCGGCUUCCCCGCCGCGAUCGUGUCCGUGUUCGGCGCGGACUUUGUGUUCGCGACAGGCACGCUGUUCGUCGCGAAGGUGUGCCUCCCGCACGAACAGAGCGUCGGCGGCGCGCUGUUCCAGACGCUCACGCAGGUCGGCACGGCGUUUGGGAUCGCGAUCAGCACGAUCGUGUUCAACGCGACGAUCGAGAAGAAGGCGCAUGCGCUCGGCGUGGACACGGGCGCGCUCGCGUCCGCGUCUGCGGCGCCAAGGCCGGCGCAGCUCGCGGCGUACAAGAACGCGAUGUGGGCGGGGUGCGCGUUUGGGUUCUUUGGCGGUAUCCUCGGCUUCGUCUUCCUCCGGAGCGUGGGCGUUGUCGGGCACCGACAGGCGAAGGCAGAGAAGGAGGACGGCAGCAGCAGGAAGAGCGUGACGCCCGACCCCGAAGCUGCCCCGCACGCAUGAGCGCGCCGUCUCCCCUGCCUCUCCACCGCCCCCUUGCCAGAUCUCAUUCUUCACUCCCCAUUCUCUUGGGUUAUAUCUCGGGUUCUGCUCUACAUACUAGUCCCCCCUCACGAUUCACGAACACGCCCCCGCAUCAUGCAUCCCCCGCAAGCCGACGCACCACUUUCUCACCACGCAUACCUAGACUGACUCGGACUGCGCCGAUACACUAAUAGACCACCUACUGCUCCCUACAUACACACCCUGUAUCCA